AUGUGGUCGGACGACUGGUAGGUGUUCCGCCUCUUGUAGACGAGAAAGCAACGAAGCAGGCGGUACUUGAGCGGAUAAGUUCAGUGAGCCUGAUACAUAUUGCUGCCCAUGGUAACGCCGAAAGGGGAGAAAUUGCCCUUUCCCCUUUCCUACUCCCAACAGUCGAAACACCAUCCCACCACAGGAAGCUUACAUGUUGACAAUGGCCGAUGUCUCACAAGUGAGAGUCAGAGCCAAACUGGUGGUACUUAGCUGCUGUCACAGUGGAAGUGGAGACAUAAGAGCCGAGGGAGUUAUAGGAAUUGCCCGCGCGUUCUUAGGAUCCGGAGCUCGCUCGGUGUUGGUUGCGCUGUGGGCCAUUUCAGACUCAGCAACA